AAAAAAAAAAAAAAAAAAAAAAAAAAAAAAAAAAAAAAAAAAAAAAGGACCACCGGAAGAAUCGGCACAACUCGGUGGUGCGGGCCGAGGACCAUAGAGGGUCUUUCCGCCUCUUCCUAGAGCGGCCGGCAGCUCCGCAAACAGCCCGCACUUCCGGCGAGCGAGGCGCGAGGCGAGUACCGUGGCGGCCUGCGCGAAAAUUUUGAGUUGCGUUCCUCUAGGCUAUAAGACCUUAGUUCAGAAGACAGUAGAAUCUCUCGACGACACAUUUGCUUAUUCACCAUGAGGUUAGCAAAGCCUAAAGGGGCUAUUUCUCGAAGCUCAAACCAAGGCAAAACCUACGAGACCAAGCGUAAGACAGGCCGCCAGCGGCAGAAAUGGGGAAUGACCAUUCGAUUCGACUCCGGCUUAAGUCGGCGGAGAAGGAACGUGGAUGAGAAGCCCUACAAAUGUAGUAGAUGUUCGAAGAGUUUCGGUCAGAGCUCCACUCUUUUUCAGCACCAGAAGAUCCAUACAGGGAAGAAGUCCCAUAAAUGUGCUGAUUGUGGGAAGAGUUUCUUCCAGAGCUCGAACCUCAUUCAGCACCGGCGGAUCCACACUGGGGAAAAGCCCUAUAAGUGUGAUGAGUGUGGCGAGAGGUUUAAGCAGAGCUCCAAUCUCAUUCAGCACCAGAGGGUUCACACUGGAGAGAAGCCCUAUUGCUGUGAGGAGUGUGGCCGCUGCUUCAGCCAGAGCUCGCACCUCAUUCAGCACCAGAGAACCCACACCGGGGAGAAGCCCUACCAGUGCGAGGAGUGUGACAAGUGCUUCAGCCAGAGCUCUCACCUGCGGCAGCACAUGAAGGUGCACAAAGACAAGAAGCCACGCAAGAGGGGCAAGAACGCCAAGGCCAAAGCUCACCCGGUGUCCUGGAAAGCUGGUAAAGGGAGGAAGGCAGUGGCCGGGCUCCGCCAGGUGAAGGGUACUGCUUCGGGCCUUUUUAAGAAGAAAAAGUGAAAGACCGGCAAAUAUGCUCUCUUAAGAGCGAGGCUGCUUUAUAGUAGAGCACUUAGAUUUCGGAUCCUUCCCUAGCAUGGAGACGCCAUGAGUAUCGUGACAUUGGGCUAAAACUCAGUCCAGCUGCCCUCACUUCUUUAGAAAAAUAAUGCAUUCAUGUGACAUGGAGCACAAAGAACUGAAAAAAAAGUUUGGUGAGGAUAUAAUAUCCUUGGCCUCAGUUGAAAUUUCUCCCCUCUGUUUUGAUAAAAAGCAUCAGGUUUUCAUGAUUCACAGGUGUGCCAAUGAUUACUCUGAUUUUAGGAAUUUCUGUAGAUGCAAUCAUUAAAGAAGAAGAAAUGAAUUCUCACGUUCUGGGACAGACUAUAUUUUAUUAUUUUUUUUAAUGUUCUGUAGUUUAUUAACAUUAGUUCAAGUGUUGACUCUGCAUUUGACAUAAAAUGUGUUAAGUUGUAGAUGUUUUUCUUUUCUGUUAGUGUGUAUUAUAUGAAGUAAUGAGUUUCAUUUUCUCCAUUGUGUAUGAUGCAGCUAUGUGAUGUACUUUGCUCGGAUCCAGCCUUCUUACCCUCACCUCCACCUCCCAGAGCUCCCUCCACUUAAAUGUUUACCCUAGGUUCUGUAAUGAGAGAAGAUGUAUUUGGUUAUUUUCUUGAGUCUGGCUUACUUUGCUUAACGUAAUGAUCUCCAGUUCUUCCCAGUUUUCUUCACACAUGAUUUUGUUGUUUUUGGAUAAAUCAUAGUUUAUUGUAGCAUUCGAAGGCUUUAAUGUCAGCCCAUUUAGUUUGUUUCCUUCUACUGUGUGAUUAAAGGGGUUAAAAGGUCCCCAUGUGGCUUUUUUUUUUUUAAAUUUUUGUCUUGUUUAUUUUGCUUACCAUUUUCUUAGAGAUUCUAAGGAACCCAAAUGAGAGAGCACAGACUUCCUGUCCCUGACACCAUUUGCGAUCGUGUCAUUGCUGUGGCACUUGCUUUCUUGAACUUGGAUUGGGUUUACAUUGAAUCAUGCCAGUGGCUUCUUGGCAUGCUCUUGUUCUCUUACACACAGCGCCUGCAUGAAUAAACUGUAUUUUACCAAGAAGGCCUCAGCUUGCUCCUGCCUGAAGAACUGCAAUGUCAUAGACUGUGCUUUGAAUAUCUCUGACUGUCUGAAACAGAUGUUUGUCCACGAGUUUGUCCAGCACACUGAAGCCCUGUUAGAAUUUACCUGUUUUACUUCAUAGCACUGUUUAAGACUUACAUACGUCCGUCUUCCAUCAGAACAAUACCAAACUGCAUUCCCGAUCAGCCUUGAGUUUGAAGUUUUGUUUAUUGAAUGCUAAAUUUUUUCUGAUUUUUAUAAUAUCAGUUCUUCCUGUAUUAAUGACAGUUAUCCUUAAAAAUAAAGAAUGAGAUAUUUUUGCA